AUGGCUGGGCUCAACUAUUGGUUCUUGGAGCAUUUGAGUACAGGAAUUAAGCUUGUGCUCGCCGGCUCGGAUAAUACCAUUGGCAGGCACUCCAGCAGUAAAUUCGUCUUGGUAGACUACCAAUUCCUAUCUCGCAUUCACGCUAGAUUCAGUGUGAACGCUAACAAUGAAGUUAGCGUAACAGUUCUGAAUGCCUUGAAUGGCGUCUACGUGAAUACGAAACCUUAUAAGAGCGGCAUGUCAUGUGUGUUAAAUGAUCGCGAUAUCAUUGGCUUGGGUGUGCAUCAGCCACCGGGUGAGCCAGAUAGUGCGUGUCCAGCGGACUUUGCCAUAUUUCGACUUCUGCAACAUUAUACAAAUGCAAGCGAAAUACUCGUUUUAUCGUCUGAUGAGGACGAUAAACAGUCCCAUUCUACUAAGCCAGAUUUGAAGUUAAGGGGCAAGUUAAAAGAGCCUAAAGAUGACAGUAAGAGCGCCGACUCUGACGGGAAGCCCGAAUCUGACAAGAACCCACACUCUGAAAAUAGCCAGCCACGAUGCUUACAUCUACCCAAGCUGCCGGAUGUAAAGCAGGAGCUACUCUCACAAGCAACCAAAGAUAUUGAAAACAUUUUUGGAGAACCCAAUGAAGAGUUAUUGGAGUCGGUGCUACAAAUUAAUCCCUAUGUCUUCAAUCAAUUAAAUAAUAAUAGUAAUAUACCAACGGCUGCGGAGAAAAUCUGCGAUGGUGAUACUAUUGAUUUGCCGGACGACAUGCCAUCAGCACAGCCUGAGCUACUCAAAAAUAAGAAUAUACUAAACAACAAUAGUAAAAAUGAAGAAAAUAUUGCAAUCUCGGAGACCUUGCGACGUGAAAAUAAUAAUAUUAAUAUGGAUACGGCUGCUGAAAAAAUAAGCGUUGAUUUGUCAGGAGCUAUCAUCCGACCACCAGAAAUAAAAGAGAUUAUACUGGACGAUGAAGAUUAUGAUGAAAACUUUGCCAUGUCCCAAGCCUUGCUGCGCGAAAUGAAAGAGGAGCUUGCCGAUGAUGUCAGGGAUGAUCUAAGCGACAAUGAAUUGGACAUGGAUAAUGCACAACCGUUGCAACCCUGGCAAAUCAAAGCAGAAAUUGAUACAGUUAAUGAUGACAUGAUGCCCAUACAAGUAGAGGAGGAUGAGCUUAUAUUGGUUGAUGAUUCGGACGAGGAGGAGCUUAACAGUAAGGUGGCUGACUGGUCAUCCAGGCUGCUCUCACAAAGGAUCAUGUCGCAGAUCUAUGCGCCAGAGCCUGAGAAAGAGGAGGAUCAGCAGCAACCAGAAGCACAGCAGACACCUAAAAUUAGCGAUGGAUAUAAUGCACCAAUAACCAUAAGACACAAAUGUCGUGCCAUGCGCAUUGAGAGCAGCUCUAGCAGUGAAGAGGAAGCAACUAAGAUAACAGGCAGCGGCUUUCCGCAAAAGCUGAAAUUUCGCAAAUCCAACUUGCACCCGAAGUCAAUAAACAAUGAAGCUGAGGCUAUUCGUGGCAACAAAUUGGAAUCGAGCACGUCGACAGAUGAAUCAAUGCCCAAAGAGCAAAUUCGCAGACGACCCAAGACCUUAACCAAAGAGCAGAGCAAAGCAGAAGAGGAAGUAGGAUCCAGCAGUGACGAAACGCCCAAGCAGACAGGCCAAUCGCCGCAAAAGAAAUGUAGAAGCCGCAAGACAACAACCAGCGAAUAUCAAGAAGACAGCUCCAGUCCAGAAUCGUUUCAAAUUCCAAACAGGCGAAAGACUAUAGCAGUAGAGUCUUUACCGGAGAAUGAAGAAACCUCCAGGCCUAAGAAGACACCUAGCAAGCAGACAUCAACGUCACUGCGCAAUCGCAGCCAAUCUGUAUGCGACCGCAGCGUGCUUGGAAACCCAGCCAUUCCAAAGCGUAGUCCUAUUCUAAUAGAUGCGCCACAUUUGACCAAGGGUCGACGUCGCAACACAUUUACCAAAGAGCAGAGCUCAAGCAAAGCAGAAGAGGAAAUAAGCGCCAGGCAGACAGCCCAAACGCCGAAAAAGAAAUGGGGACGCCGCAAGACAACCAGCGAACAUCAAGAAGACGGCUCCAGUCCAGAAACCUAUAAAAUACCAAACAGGCGAAAGACUAUAGCUGUGGAGAAUGAAGAAACCUCCAGUCAUGAACAGACUCCAGUCCAAACAGACAAGCCGACAUCAACGUCACUACGCAAUCGAAGCCAAUCUGUAUGCGACCGCAGUCCCAUGCUUAUCGAUGCACCACAUUUGCCCAGUGGGCGUGGCAAGUACCGCGGCGUUAAUGCAACAAGCAAAGAAACGAUGCGACGCCAGCAGAUUCUGUCUAGACAACGCUCGGCAGACUAUCAGGCUGAGUUAAAAGCCAAAUGGUAUCAAAAGCCCAGCGAGGAGAAAAAGGAAUUGGCAAACAACAAAUUAAAACGGCUCGAGCUGUUAAAAAAACUUAGCGAGAAACCCAAAGCGCCUGCCGCUUCCACUUGCCAGGAGCAGAGCAAAGCGCCUGCAGCUUCCACUUGCCAGGAGCAAACCAAGCGUAGGCACACAGGUGUGCAUGCCUUGGGCACUGGAAACCGCGGCGAGUUUCUUACCAAAGAUGUAAUUGGACCUGCUCCAAAGAAAAAGAAAUUGGAAACAGAGCCCAAGUCUACAACAACCAGCCCGCAAGUGGAAACCUUUUCGCAGCAACUGCAGGCAGCCGAUGCAGCAUUGAUAAGGACCACGCCAGCCACGCAUGCUCCACGUGUGACAGAGCGCAAGGAUGCAGAACGUGCAAGGGCGCAACGCACCUGCAAUCGCGUUACCUUUGCCGAAAUGGAUCGUGAAUUUCAACUGCUUGAGAAUCGUGACAAGGAAUCCAAGAGUUCACGCCAUGUGCGCUUUAAUAAUGUGCCCCAAAUACGAAUAAUUGAACGCUUGCCAAACACACGGCAUGUGCGCAGCAACAAGGAUACUAAGAAGUUAUCCCUUAGCACAUAUCCCGAGCGUCGCGAAUGGGCGCUUGCCUCUGGUAAAAUGGAAAAUUUUGAUCGUCUUAGCAUGGGCAAUAUACUUACCUGGAGCAAUCAGUGGCUACAGCUGGGGACUGUCGACGCUGUGGCUGAGAAAGAAAAGCUUAUGCAUAUACCCACAGAAUUUCGCAGCUUUAAACAGUAUAAAGACAUUAUAACGCCGCUGAUGAAGAUCGAAUUUCUGGCCAGCAUUGAGCGUGAUUAUAAAUUGUCCCAAACCACAUUUAAUGUGGAACUCAAGAGCUACUCCAAAGAUGAUAAAAACGAAUGCUACUGCUUGGUUACCAAAACUCCCAAGCGGCCCGAGAAACGCUUCGAUCUCUACACUGUGAGCAGUGGUAAGAACCUUAAGGAAACCUUUGCUUCUCAUACACAUAUUCUACGAGUUGGCGAUGGCUUUGAGCUGAUCUUUGAGAUACCCCAGAAGGAUAUAACCAUGCAUAUGCUGCAUAUGGCUAAGACGCUCUCAGUACGCCCAGUGGUGGAUAAUUUGCGCGUGGAACUGGGUGCUUUUAAUGCUGUUUAUCGCUUGCAACGCUCUUUGCUCUUCCGACGCAUACUCAAGCCCAGCGAAAAUGUAUUCUAUAUAGAGCCCAAAGAGGCAAUUGGUCCCACGCAGUAUCGUGGCUUUACGCGUCUCAGUGAACAACAAGUGGAUGUAUGCCAGCGCACCUGGAGUCGCCUGAUAGAUGACGCUACGCCAAGUAUAACCCUUAUACAAGGACCACCCGGCACGGGCAAGUCAGCGGUUAUAGCGAAUCUCACGCUGCAGUGCUUGUAUGGUGCAUGCACGCCCAUCUUAGAUCGUAAAGUGCUGAUCUGUGCACAUUCCAAUGCAGCAGUAGAUAAUAUAACGCAGACUCUUUUAAACAUACGAUGCUUAAUGGCGCAUAAUAAAUUUGAAGUACUGCGUUUUGGCAACUUUGAAAGAAUGGAUGCCAAAGUGCGCUGUGUGUCCAUCGAACAGCAUUUAAUACUGGCGCGUGCUCAGAAGCGCAACCGUCUCAGCGCGGAGCAAGUAAUGAAUCUCAAGGAGCAGCAACAGCUGCUGCGUAAUGAGCUGGACGAGCUGAAGCAGCGCGCGGCUCAGGUGAGCUAUGUGCAACAGCAGGUGCGGAACAAGAAACAACAAUUGCGUCGAGUGUGCGACCAGCUGGAUCCACCGAUAACGCCACGCGAGGAACUAGAGCUCAGUCAGAUGCUCGCAAAGCGUGCUAAUGUAGUUUGCACCACGCUCUCCAGCUGUGUUAAGCUAAACCGGAUUGUGGACUACUUUGACGUUUGCAUUGUCGAUGAAGCGACUCAGUGCACUGAGCCCUGGACGCUGCUGCCAUUGUGCUUUGGCGUGCGUGGUUUGGUGUUAGUCGGCGAUACCCAACAGCUGCCGGCAACAGUGCUCUCGCAGAAGGCUAUUGAUUAUGGUUUGGCCAAAUCGAUGUUUGAUCGUAUACAGUGUAAUCUGCGGCAGUAUCUGGACAAGCCAGGCGUGCACAAAACAGUGCACACCAAACUCUUUAAGCUAAGCACCCAGUAUCGUAUGCAUCCAGAGAUUUGCCGUUGGCCCAACAGCUACUUCUAUGAGGAUCAGCUAGUUAAUGCAGACAGCACCAAGCGUCACUUGGCGCCCAUUUUGCCCUACUGUGUCAUAAAUCUAAGCUACACCAGCGAAACCAGCAAUGAACAGACGCGCAGCAUUAGCAACGAUGAGGAGGCACGCUUUGUAUCCAAAUUGCUUCAAGAGCUGGACAAGCACAUGCCCUCUCAACGUUUUAAGUAUGGCCUAAUUUCACCUUAUAGCAAUCAUUGCUAUACGCUAAACCAGCUUAUACCGCCGCACAUGAACAUACGUCCUCAAACUGUGGAUGCCUAUCAGGGGCAAGAGCGUGACAUUAUUAUUUUAUCUAAUGCGCGCACACGUGGCGCUGGCUUCCUGACCAACUAUCAGCGCCUCAAUGUCGCCAUCACACGACCUAAACGCUGUCUCAUCAUUUGCGGAAACUUUGAUGAUCUGCAAUCCGUGGACAUGUGGCGACAUCUUUUAAAUGAUGCACGCCAGCGUCACGUCUACUUUGAUCUGCAGCGCAGCGAUGUAGACAACUUGGAAGCCACGCUUAUAAACAAGCUACUGGUGAAGCCCAUUUCAAUUGACAGCGAUCAGGAUUCCGAUAAACAGCAAAGAUCAAAAGCUUGACCAAAUUACACCCGUGUCAAUUACAUAUAUGACACAUAAGCAUAAGUCUAGUGACUCUAGUAUAAAAAACAUAUAUACAAGGUAUAUAUAAUAUUUACAUAUAACAAUCU